GCCGCGGGCGCGUGUCGACUCUUCGCGGGAGUUCGGGUUCGGUUCCGGUUCUGCUGGAGCGGCGGGAUGUCCGUUUUAAACGAGUCUCUGCGCGAGCAGCUGUCCAUCAUCAUGGCCGCCCUCACCAAGGCGGCGGUGGCGGAGAUCUGCGAGGUGGUGGACGAGGGCUACGCGGUGCUGCAGCUGGAGGUGCAGCGGAGCCACCAGGAGAACCGGGACCUGCGGAAGAAGCUGCUCCUCAUCGAGUCCAUCGUGGUCCGGAGCGGCGGCCAGAGCGCCCAGGAGACGGCGGGGGCCAAGGAGGCGCAGAGGCCGCAAACCCCGCAGCUGCAGCCGGACACGGAGCGAGGCGAAGCCGCUGCCUCCUCCGGAGGAGCUGCGGCGGAGGAGCCGGAGGAGCUCUCAGAGGUGGUGCUGAUCAAAGAUGAAGACUCGGACGAAGCCGACAGCUCAGAGGAAGGGAACCGGACGCCUGCAGGCGGCGGUGGGGCGGCGCCGCUCAGAGAAACGAUCAGCCGGCGGAGGCGGCGGCGCAGUCGAGGUGAAGAUCCUGAGAAGUCUUCAUCGUCUGAGCGUGGGCUGGCCGCGGGGACGUCCAGGAACGUCUUCUCUCUGGACUCUCCUCGCAGCGAGCCGGGCCGCUCCGGUCAGCUCGUGGAAGAGGUCCAGAUGGAGGACGGCGAGUACUCGACUAACCUGGACCCGGACGUCCACCUGGUCCAGGACUGCUCUCUGGUGUCUGCCAGCUCCAGCAGGCAGGCGUAUUUCAGCGGCACCCUCGUGGAGUCGAACCGAGCAGAACUGGAGCUGAACGUGGACCCGGCCUGGACCAAGCAGUCCACGUUUGCACCGUUUCAUCCGAACGGACACGUGGACGGAGACGCAUUCGGCCUGAAGCUGAUCAGCGUCUCCGGGUCCGGACCAGCGCCCCCAGACUGCCAGCCGUCCAGCAGCAGGAGCUCCACGUUCCAGUACGAAGACAGCGCCGACGUCCUGACCUUCAGCCUCUACGGGGACCAGCCGGGCCGAGCCCAGCCGAGCGCCCACAGGAAGAGCUACGUCUGCCCCGCCUGCAACAAGACGUAUGCCAACAACCAGAACCUGGAGGUCCACAUGAGGAUCCACACGGGCGAGCGGCCGUUCACCUGCAACCAGUGUGGCAAGAAGUUCACGCAGUCGUCGCACCUGAAGUCUCACCUGAACGUCCACAGCGGGGAGCGGCCGUUCGCCUGCACGCUCUGCUCCAAGAGCUUCAUCGUCAGGAACAGCCUGAAGCUGCACAUGAAGAAGUGUCACCUGGACAACUGACCGCAGGUCCAAACGGUUCUGGAAACGGUCGAUGCUCUUCUUGCUCGGGGGCUGAGUAGAGUCGGGGCUGAGUAGGAGCGGUGCAAAAGCUCCAAUACUCAGCCCCGACUCUACUCAGCCUCGACUCUACUCAGCCCCGACUCUACUCAGCUUCGACUCUACUCAGCCCCGACUCUACCCAGCCCCGACUCUACUCAGCCCCGACUCUACUCAGCCCCGACUCUACCCAGCCCCGACUCUACUCAGCCCCGACUCUACCCAGCUCCGACUCUACCCAGCCCCGACUCUACUCAGCUCCGACUCUACUCAGCCCCGACUCUACCCAGCCCCGACUCUACCCAGCCCCGACUCUACUCAGCCCCGACUCUACUCAGCCCCGACUCUACUCAGCCCUCCACACAAAGAUCUCUAUUCCACUUUUUAGCUGAUUCGAGACCUCGUUUGGUCCCUGCUUCUCUGGUGGGACCGUGUGAGCUGAGUCGGUAUCGAAACGUCA